CGAGUCCAGUCCACAACGGCGAAGGACUCCAGGCACGAACCGAAGACGCGGACGAAGCUCGAGAGGACGAGACGAUGACGAGCGGCGCGGCGAAGGGCCCGAAGAAGGCCAAUCUCCUCGAUCCCCACGCCAUCAAGCAUGUCCUGGAUGAAUCCGUCAACGAGAUCGUUACUGGUAAAGGAUAUGGUGAGGAUUUCAGAUUGAGCAAUGUGAGACUGCUGAUUGGGACGGUGAUCAUCGGGAUUGCGUUAUUGGCGCAGUUUCACAAUAAGAAGUUCCCAGAGAAUCGGAAUUUUCUGAUCACUUGCAUCAUAUCAUAUCCUUUUUUUUAUGUGAUUUUGAAUGGGAUCCUUCAGUUCAUCAGCUACACCAAGGAGAAGAACGCAAUCCUCUUCACUUACCCCCCUGCUGGAUCUUUCAAUAGCACAGGGCUGACUGUGUCUUCCAAACUGCCAAGGUUCUCUGACAUGUAUACUCUUACAGUGGCCAGUGCUGAUCCUAAGUCCAUUUCAGCAAAUAAAACUGUUGAAUUCACCAAGAGUGUCACAAAAGUGGAUAAAUCUUUAGUUUACGUUGUCUUGGCGUCAUUUGUGAUGAUCUCAUUAUCAGAUGCAUUGUUCACCAAGGAUGGGAUUCUUGUUGAAGGUUUAUUCUGGAAGGAUGUUGAGAGACUAAUCGAUGAUUACAAUGAUGAUCGGAAGAGCAAGUAAUACUGUUAGAUUUGUUAUCUAUCAGCUCAAUCACCAACGAAAUGAUUUUUCAUAAUUGAAAUGUUAGUUAAACGAAACACCAGUAUGGUUAAUCAUCUUUCUUCAGACUCUUGAGGUUGUGCGAUUUCAUAUUGUGAUUGUAGAAUCCAAACACUAGAUAACUUAAACACUUAAAUAGAGGUAUCAGACAUCAUGGUGGCCUGUUUGGUUAUAUUGAAUAUCUCAACCACAUGUUAUUUUC